ACUCAUGCAUUUUAUGCGUACAUUUUAGUGAAAUGAUUUUAAAGAAUUUUUUAAAAAUUUUUAAAGAAUUUCAGACAGAAUAUAAUAGAAAAUAAAACAAUGCCCACCGUUAAAUUGAAUACACAUCAACGUACUCAUUAUCAUGAUGAUAUUGUCAUCUGUCAAAAUGAUUAUUCCGAUAUUAAAAUUGGUGAUAUUGUUGAAAUUUAUUCCAGUGAAGAGAACUUUAGUCGUUUGGUAUUACAAAUAACCAAUGUUGAUAAACCGAAAGCCAAUUGUCCAACCAUAACAAUCGAACAUUCGAUUGCAAUGACAUUUCAGCUAAGAAAUUUUAGCGAUGUUGUCAUGAACGUUGUGGAUGAAGAUAUUGUUGCAUUAGAUUCUGUAGAAUUAUUCUUCAAAGAUCAAUAUCUUGCACGUAGUGACAUGUGGCGAUUAAAAAAACAUAUAACCAACACUUGUGUUUAUCUGAAUAAAAAGAUUGAAUUUAGUAAUAUCCGAUGUCAGGUAUUUGAAAUGUGGCAUCAUGGUGUCCGUAUGGCCAGUGGUUAUAUCAAUGAAGAAACAAAAGUAGUUUUUAGAUCUGCAUCCAGUAUGGUUUAUCUAUUCUUACAGAUGAGUUCAGAAAUGUGGGAUUAUGAUAUUAAUGGUGAUCUAUAUUUUGAGAAAGCUGUCAAAGGUUUUCUAUCCGAUCUUUUCAAUAAAUGGAAGACAUUCAACUGUAGUCAUGAUGUAACCAUUGUUAUGUUUUCACGAACCUUCUAUCUAGCUAGUGAUAUCAAUGAAUUUCCUGAAUCUAUGCAGGAAUGUUUACAACAAGAUUAUCAGAAACGAUUCUAUGAAGAUUAUUAUCGUGUUGCUGUUCAAAAUGAACGAUUCGAUGAUUGGUCAUCGACAUUGAUAUAUUUACGAGAAUUAUUCAAUCUUUAUGAAGAAGAAGUGAUUCAUUAUCAUGAGAAAAGAGGUCUGAAAGGUGUUAAAGCAUAUAAUUCGACAGCAUCACAAGGAAAUUUUCUCGAAGUUUUAAACAUGUCUCUUAAUGUUUUUGAACGACAUAAUCUGGAUCGUAGUUUUGAUCGGACCGGUCAACUUUCCGUUGUAAUAUCACCCGGUGUUGGUGUAUAUGAAGUGGAUUUAGAUUUGACCAACAUAACAAAACAACGAAUCAUUGAUAAUGGUAUUGGUAGCGAUCUGGUUUGUUUGGGCGAACAACCUCUUCAUGCUGUACCAUUAUUUAAGUUCAAUUCAAGACGUGCAAACAUGUCAAACGAUGAAUACAAUAUGCCUCAUUGGAUUAAUCUUAGUUUUUACUCAUCUAAACAACGAUUUCCUUCGUCUAAUUUUAUACCACGAAUUAAAAUGCCAAACAUUUCACCACCAGAACAGGGACAAAGUCCUGUCAAAAAAUCCGCCAAUCUCAAUCUACCACCAUUCAUUAGCCAUAAUUCAAAUUCAAAAGGUAACCAAAACAAUGAAUCCGGUUCAAAUGGCAUCGAUUUAACAUCAUGUCAAAAUAUACCAUUCAUUGAUUAUGAUGAAUAUGAUAAUCAAAUAUUUCGUACAUCCGCAUCGAAUAAACCAUCAUCAAUAUUUUUGAUUAAUCAACAUGGUUCUUUUCAUCAUCAUCUUCAUCAGCCUACACAUUCACAAAGAAUGAUGAUGUCUUACAAUCGAAAUUUAGAUGAUGGAAAUAAUUUAAUGGUAUUAGAUGAACAACGGCCAAAACGUCGUCAAUCGGUAGUGGUUCCAUCACGUUCAGCAUACUCAAAAUUAUCUUUAUCACAAUCACCAAAGAAUAAUGAUAUAGUCGAUGGUGGUGGUGUUGGUGGUGGUAGUAUAAAUGUUUUACAGCGGCCAAAAAAUAAUUCAUUUUCACACAAUCUUUCAACAUCCGUCGAGAAUAAAGUGAAUAAUGAAGGACAUUUUAAGAUCAAAUCAAAAGAUGAUAUUAUUGUUCAUAAAUUCAAAGAUCAAUUACAUCGUACAAAAGCAUUGAUCAAUCCAUUUGAUCCAUCACAUGUAACGAUUAAAUUGAAUUCAAAUCGUCGUCGAUGGACACAUGUAUUUCCGCUUGGACCAACUGGAAUUUUUAUGCAACAACAUCAUUAUCAAGCUAUACCACAGAAUCGAAUAAAUUCAGAUGAUUUUAAUAUCAUCUAUGAUUCUACAGAAGUGUUAUCGAAAGAUAAAAAUUUUAAACGUACAUCGUUUGAUCAAAUUGAUGGCGUUAUGAAAAAUGUGGAUAAAGAUUUAAAGAAAAAUCUCACAAAAUCUCGAUCGAAUGCCUUGAUUGAAUUGGAAAAGAAAAAUGUAAUGAAUGAAUCGGAUAUUCAUCUGAAACAACGUAGUUUAUUACUUACUGAUAAUAGUCUUUUGUGGGCAUGGGGUGCAACAGGUGAACAAGAAUGGACACCAGCCAUAACAACCGGUGUUGAUUGGAAAUCAUUAGUGAUGCCCGCUUGUUUACCGAUAACCACCGAUUUUCUUCCGGAUAAACGUACAUUAGAACAAGAUUAUGUAACACAUAUUUAUGAUCUAUUACCUGAAGAACAAGCAAAUGAAUUAUAUCAACAACGAUAUAUGAAAUCGAAUGAAGAUGGUGGUGGUAAUAAUCAUAAAAAAAUGAACAUGUUAACCAUUGAUCAAUUCUAUAAUGAAUUGAUCAAUCAACGUUUGCAACAAGGAUUUCAGAUAAUUUUAUUGCCAAAAAAUAAAAUAUGUUAUACAUUCAGUGAUCGUACCGGUAAUAAACAUACGUUCAUAUUGAGUAUUGGAAGAAUUUAUCAUGAAUUAGCACAUAAAGAGAAUCGUAUAUCGAUUAUAAAUUAUCAUCCAAGACAUCCAUAUAAAGCGAAUAAUAUAUGUUAUUGUUAUCGAAUUCGUACACCGGAUAAUGAAACAUAUGGUGUUAGUUGGGUAACAUUUACAAGUGAAAAAUUAGAAACAUAUAAAUGGAAUUAUCUAGACAAUUAUAUCUGUCUACGUGGUGAUUACACUGAAUAUCCAUUGAUUGAAAGCCUUAAAUAUUGGCGAUUUCGUUUACUUGUUUUGCCUACACAACAUUCGAAAACGAAAAAAAUUAUCGAUCGUUAUAUGUCUGGUGAUAAUGAAUUUAAUUGUGAUCUUUAUGAUGUAUUUUCAUUCGAAGAAAAAAUUCAAUUACAAAAAGGCUUCAUCAAACUAUUGAAAGUAAUCAAUGGUGUUAAAUUGAUAAAUACGAAUAAAUCUAUUGAAUGUAAAAAUUGUUCAACAUCAUCAUCGUCAUCAUCAUCAUCAUUGAUUCGUCGAAAUAGUUCAACAUCGAUUCAAACACCUAAUAGUGCCAAUUCUAUUGGCGAUAAUUUUGACACUCAUUUUCGUUCUUCGAAUGAUCCUAUAUCGCUUACAUCGAUCAAUGAAUCAUCAUCAAAUCGUACAAUAAAACAUGAAAAAUUAACAUCCACAUUAAAUCGAUCAUCCGCUGAUAGUGGUAGCCAUGAUACAUGUGAUUCUAUUCCGGAACAAAUUUCUGAUAAAAUCACCAUCGAAUCAUUACCGAAUGAAAUCAUCAACUUUAUGCAACAAUCAAGUAAUUUGUUUACGAUUAAAUUUCGUAAUCUACCUGAAUAUACGUUCAUCAGUUUGGAAGCGAUCGAAUGGGCUGUUAAACAUGUGGAAAAUAUACCGAAUGAAACUGUAGCUGAACGAAUGUUUCAGAAUUUUCGAAAUAAAGAUCUUAUUAGACAUGCAUCUGGUGAUAUGUCAGUAAAUUUUAAACGUGGAUUCCAUCUUUAUUGCCUGAUGACUGAUCAGAAUCGACAAUUUUUUGCUAAAAAUGAAAUUGAAAGGAUAUAUUUUGAACGUGCCUGGAUGGAAGUUGGUAUCGUACAACAACAUAAUCCAAAAGAAUUGGAAAAUACUGCUACGGUAACGGCAUAUGAAGAUGAACUUAUCUCGAAUCAAGCUCCAGAAUUUACAUUCAAAAAUUUUCAAGUAGAAUUGGAUAGCAAAACUGAUCGAGUAGAAUGGGUUAAUGUUAAAUAUCAUAGUCUUUAUGAUCCAGAACAAGCAUUUGAAAUGAUCAUGGAAUGGAUGGUUGCAACCGGCAAUGCUAUACCGGAAAAAGUUUCAACAUGGAGUCGUACGAAAGGAACUAAUCUACAUAUUGUACCGAUACCAUGGGAUCCGUUUGCAUUACCAUUUUCGAAUCGUUCAGAUCCACUUCGUGGUCCAGUCUAUAUAUCAUUGAAUAUUGAUUGUCUUCUUUGUUUCAAAAUAUUGGAAGGUGAACGAUUGUUUAAUUUUCAAGAGAAAAUUUUAGUCAAAUUCGGUUUCAUACCAUUUCAUGAUCCGACCACCGAAAAUCAACGACAAUUUGUCCAUGUAUCCGGUAGUAUAUUUGUUAUGAUACCAAGAAAGAAUACUACAUCGGCACAGAAACAUCUGAAUAAACGUGGCAAAUUUUUACAGAGUAUCGAUAGACAAGAAAUGGGACAUGAAGAAUAUAUUACUAGACAUUUUAGUGGAAUGCAAUUAAAAGGUCAGGAUGCUCAUAUUGAUGCAAAAAUUGGAUUUCUUUGGUGUUGGAAUUAUCUAAUAACGAAACGUUGGAAAACAAAUGUAACUGGCGAUGAGAAUUCAAUGCGUAAAAUUAUGCAAGAUUUUCGUGGAUUCUGUCAGAAUAAAGAUGAUCGAUUAGUAGAAUUUUACAGUAGUGUUUAUUAUCAUCAUCAUAAUCAAUCGAUAGCUUCAUCUCAUCGUACAAACGAAUGAUCAUAAUGAGAAUAAAAUAAAAUAAUUUCGAUGAAUGUAAUUUGUUCAAAUCAACAUCCAAUCUACAUACAACCAAUCAA